CGCGCCGCCCUGGGAACCGCAGCUGGUCCCGGCCUUGCGGCCUGCGGGGGAGGCUGCCCGGAGGAGGCGGCGACGGUGGCGGCGGCGGUGCGUCCCUGGCCCCCAGGACCGCGGCUUCCUUCCUGCCAGGUCUAUCCAUCUGUCCAUCCAUCCGUGGGGGUCAACAAUGGCCACCUUCAGCCGCCAGGAAUUUUUCCAGCAGCUGCUGCAGGGCUGUCUCCUGCCCACUGCCCAGCAGGGCCUUGACCAGAUCUGGCUGCUCCUUGCCAUCUGCCUCGCCUGCCGCCUCCUCUGGAGGCUUGGGUUGCCAUCCUACCUGAAGCAUGCAAGCACCGUGGCAGGUGGCUUCUUCAGCCUCUACCACUUCUUCCAGCUGCACAUGGUUUGGGUCGUGCUGCUCAGCCUCCUGUGCUACCUCGUGCUGUUCCUCUGCCGACAUUCCUCCCAUCGUGGCGUCUUCCUCUCCGUCACCAUCCUCAUCUACCUACUCAUGGGUGAGAUGCACAUGGUGGACACCGUGACAUGGCACAAGAUGCGAGGGGCCCAGAUGAUCGUGGCCAUGAAGGCGGUGUCUCUGGGCUUCGACCUGGACCGGGGCGAGGUGGGUGCAGUGCCCUCGCCCGUGGAGUUCAUGGGCUACCUCUACUUCGUGGGCACCAUCGUCUUUGGGCCCUGGAUAUCCUUCCACAGCUACCUACAGGCUGUCCAAGGCCGCCCACUGAGCCGCCGAUGGCUGCAGAAGGUGGCCCGGAGCCUGGCGCUGGCCCUGCUGUGCCUUGUGCUGUCCACCUGUGUGGGCCCCUACCUCUUCCCAUACUUCAUCCCCCUUGAUGGUGACCGCCUCCUUCGCAACAAGAAACGCAAAGCCAGGUGGCUGCGAGCCUACGAGAGUGCUGUCUCCUUCCACUUCAGCAACUAUUUUGUGGGCUUUCUGUCCGAGGCCACGGCCACGUUGGCAGGGGCUGGCUUCACCGAGGAGAAGGAUCACCUGGAAUGGGACUUGACGGUGUCCAAGCCACUGAACGUGGAGCUGCCCCGGUCCAUGGUGGAAGUUGUUACAAGCUGGAACUUGCCAAUGUCUUAUUGGCUAAAUAACUAUGUUUUCAAGAAUGCUCUUCGUCUGGGGACCUUUUCUGCCGUGCUGGUCACGUAUGCAGCCAGUGCCCUCCUGCACGGUUUCAGCUUCCAUUUGGCUGCGGUGCUGCUGUCCCUGGCAUUUAUCACUUACGUGGAACAUGUCCUCCGGAAGCGCUUGGCUCGGAUCCUCAGUGCCUGCGUCUUGUCGAAACGGUGUCCACCAAACUGUUCGCACCAGCAUCGCUUGGGCCUGGGGGUGCGAGCCUUAAACCUGCUCUUUGGGGCCCUGGCCAUCUUCCAUCUGGCCUACCUGGGCUCCCUGUUUGAUGUCGAUGUGGAUGACACCACAGAGGAGCAGGGCUACGGCAUGGCAUACACUGUCCACAAGUGGUCAGAGCUCAGCUGGGCCAGUCACUGGGUCACUUUUGGAUGUUGGAUCUUCUACCGUCUCAUAGGCUGAGGCACAUCUGUGGAUCCUCAAAGCUCCCUCAAGACCCCUCCUCAGGAUGGGGGAUGAGGGAAGGCCCUAUCUCUAAUUCUUGAUCCCUCUCCAUCCUUAACCCCCCCAACACUCCUACACACACACGCAGACACACACACACACACACACACACGCUCAUGUGUGCACACACAUACACACACACACAAUUUCCAUGCCUGUCUAUCCCCACCCCACCACAAGGCGGGAAGGGGGUGGUCCCUGCUGGGGCCUAGGGGUGGAGGAUGCUUGGGGAAUCAGAGAGGGGGAGAUCCAGGGCCUCCCCGCCUUCCUUCUCCCUUUUUAUAUACAGUUUGUUAUUGUCAAAUAAAAGUAGGAAAGAUACAAAAGGCUCUUUCUUCACUGACCAGUGGGGAAUAGAGGUGAGAAAU